GGUCUGGGAUGCUCUCACUGAUGGCUUUGCCCCCCGGAGCUCCCCCCGGCCGUGGCUCCCUGGCACUGAGGCCCCCGACGGCACCAACCCCCAGCUCGGUGGGAAGGAGGAGGAAGAGGAGGAGGAGGAGGAGGAGCUCACUGAGAGGAGUGAGCAGGACUCGGGCAUCAACGAGGAGCCGCUGCUGACAGCUGAGCAGGUCAUCGAGGAGCUGGAGGAGCUGAUGCAGAGUUCGCCUGACCCUGAGGCUGACCCCGAGGGUGAGGAGGAAGAGGAGGAGGAGGACGAGGAGGAGGAAACUGAGGCUGAUGCUGAAGGCGAAGGAGGUGGCGGGGGCACAGAGCCCAUCCUGCUGCGGGAGCUGCGGGCUUUCUCCCCUGCCCUCAACAACAACUGCUCCCACGAAGGUACGGCCAGCAAAGCCCAGGCCAGUCACUUUUGGGGGACAAUUCCAACCAAAUUGGACAACUGA